GACGCGUCGUGCUCCUCCGAUUUGGCAACGGAGGCCACAUGCGACUUUGCCAUUUACACUGUACUCGUACUAUACAAGUUGCCACCCCACCCCGAUGGAUCCAUCUCACCUACUGCUCAUCAGCCGUCGGCGCUCCCCCAUUAUAUGUACCAUGCCGAUCGCGCAGCAGAGCUCACGCACUUCCAAGCAGAGGAGAACGAAGGAGAGACAGAGUGAUCGAGCGUACGUGAAGAGACACAGUCAAUGGAAGCCGCCGCGGGUCAGGGAGAGCGCCCGACGCCGCCGCCGCUGCCGCUGGGGGUGCGGCUCCAGCUGGCGGGGCUCACGGCCGCCAUCGACGCCGUGGAGCGCAGCGACGGCACCGUCAACCGCUGCCUCUACUCGGUGAUCGACCGCCUGCUGAGCGCGCGCGCCAACCCGCGCCCGGACGGCUCCGGCGUGCGCUCCUACGACUUCACCAUCGACGCCUCCCGCGGCAUCUGGGCGCGCGUCUUCGCCCCGGUCUCCUCGGCGGUGCCGCUGCCCGUCGUCGUCUACUACCACGGCGGCGGCUUCGCGCUCUUCUCCCCGGCCAUCGGGCCCUUCAACGGCGUAUGCCGCCGCCUCUGCAGCGACGUCGGCGCCGUGGUCGUGUCCGUCAACUACCGCCUCGCCCCGGAGCACCGCUACCCGGCGGCGUACGACGACGGCGUGGACGCGCUCCGCUUCAUCGACGACGCCGGCGGCGUCCCGGGCCUCGGCGACGGCGUCCCCGUCGACCUCGCCAGCUGCUUUCUCACCGGGGAGAGCGCGGGGGCCAACAUCGUCCACCACGUCGCCAGCCGCUGGGCCGCCGAGCACCUGCACGCCGCCAAGUCCCUCCGCCUCGCCGGCAUCAUCCCCGUGCAGCCCUACUUCGGCGGCGAGGAGAGGACGGAGUCGGAGCUCAGGCUGGAGGGCGUGGCGCCGGUGGUGAACCUCGAGCGCUCCGACUUCUCCUGGAAGGCGUUCCUGCCCGUGGGUGCCACCCGCGACCACCCUGCGGCGCACGUGACCGACGAGAACGCCGAGCUGGCCGAGGAUUUCCCGCCUACGCUGCUGGUGGUCGGCGGGUUCGACCCGCUGCAGGACUGGCAGCGGCGUUACGCCGACGUGCUGCGGCGGAAGGGGGUGAAGGUCCAGGUGGCGGAGUACCCGGACGGCUUCCACGGGUUCUACGGCUUCCCGGCGGUCGCUGACGCCGGCAAGGUUUUCCAGGAGAUGAAGGCUUUCGUGGAGAGCAACAGGGUGGCGCCGGUGAAAUCCACCGCCCGGUGAGGAAGAUGCCGUGAUCCAAGGAACGCGUGGUUCGGUGGGGGAUCAGUCUGUCUGCAUGCGUGAGAUGAGAUUUGUUCUAAUUUGAUCGUUGUGUACUUGUGUAGUGUGAUCACUCAUUACAAUGGAAGUUUUUAAUAUAUUUUUUGCGAAAUGAUUACAGGAGUUGUGAGUUGUGACAGACUGCCCGCUGCAUGCAUGAAUAUGUUUGUUUAAGCAAGAGAUGUGAGGCAUGGACAGGAAAAUGUAGCUUCUUGAUCGCUUAUAACAGUAAUAAAAUGUGCACAUUUAGACAACACUUUUACUAAAUUUCAGUCGUCUGUUUUGUAACUGGCUUCAGGUCGUUUUUGUGGCCGUCAGAUCGUGUACCAAUCUCAGCGUUGCUCGCCUCUUCCUUCUGUCUGUGUUUCUCAUGCGUGCGUGCUGGCCUGUUGGGCUUCAGUUGUUUUGGGUUAUGGGCUUUUACUGGGUUGCGGAGGAGUGCCGCCGGAGGAAGUCGGCGGCGGCGGCGUUCAACCGCAAGGGCUGGCGGCAGGUCAUGGAGGGCGGCCAGCUGCCGGCGAGCAGCUCUGAGAAGAGGGAGGUAAGCUGCGGGGAGCACCGGGAGGAAGGAGAGAGUAGUCGGGAAAGGAGGACGGGGCGAAGCGUUUCCGUCGGGUCCGCCACCAGCAAUUGCUCGUCGGAGAGGCCGGAAUCAGUUGUCAACGUCGGUCGGGUGGAAGGUACGGUGAGUUAUUCCCCUCUCCCCCAUGAGUUUUCUCGCUCAGCUUCACUUCAUUUUCCUGCAUCUGUCAUCGCGCGCGUAUCAGAUGAUUUUUGGAUGGUGUCUGUUCUUAGCUCCCACACCAAAUUCAUGUGAUAGCACAGCGGCCUUCCGAUUGUUAGGUUACUGAGAUUGCGGUGUUCGUGCCCUGGGCUGUGUGUUCAACUUUUCUUAAUUUCUCUUCAGAUUUGUUGUAUAUUGGGGGAACUCAAACUCAAUAAAUUUAUCAGUCAUUCUUGUAUUUUCAUUUCUCAGUCCUGUGUUUCAGUUCAUCCAAGUGUACUUCUGUGUUCAGUUCAUACAAGUGUAGUGUGUUUAGUUCAUACUGCAGGGAAUCAAUCCAUUCAAACCAUGCAUUGUUGUGGUCCAAUAAAAGUUUGUUGAGCUAGCUAGCUUAAAGAGCGAGUAAUGAAAGGAACUAAGUACUGUUGUUCCCUAGCUAUCUUCAGAUAGCAGUGAGCUUAAUAGUUGCAUAGACGUAUAUAUGUAGUUUUGAGUCUGGAUGUGGCGUGUGAAAACAACACAUGCAUCAUUAGUAGCACUAUGAUUUCGAAUGCAAGAACUUGAUAGGACAUGCAGGAGGUAUUAACUUUUUUGUCCUAAAUCUUUAACCCCUUAAUUAGAUGGUGCAGUAUGUAGUUCCAGCCUUUGAAUAAUUGACAAUAGAAAAACGUUUCAGUGGGAACUAGUAAGUAACCAAGCAGUAUUCAAUGUCCGUGGACUGAAUGUGGUGCGUGAAGUUUGGGGAGUUCAGGGGGGUUGUGUAGUUUAUGCGUGAACUGGUAAGUAACCAGUUAGUGUGUCAGUUUUUCAGUUCCUUUUUGCUUUUUUGCAAUUUGUAGUAUUUAUUCUUCUUACCUCAGAAUCAGAACCUUAGUAUUUAUUUUAGUCUUUCAGUUAUUAGUCUCAGCUUUUUAGUAUGUUCAGUUUUAGUUGUUUUAGUAGAUCAUUUUCUCGGCUUUAACGCCGAUUCACUUUUAGUCCUUUUAGUAGUUCAUUUUCUCAGUUUUAAUGUAUUUGUUUCAAUCAUUCAUUCAGUUUUCAGUUUUUAGGCAUCAAUAUUCCUAAGGAUCAGUACCCUAAGUGUUUCAGUUGAGUUCUCUUCAGUUAUUUGUUAAGUCUUCAGUUAUUUGGUCAGUGUUUAUUCUUUUUCAGUAGUAAUCUUCUAUAUUUGAAGUUAUUUCAGUCUCAGUCCUCACUAUUAGUUAUCGGUAAUUAGUCUUACAAAUAUGUUUUCAGAUCAGUCAUCAACCAUUUUUUGUGUUAAGAUCAGUCUCAGUCAUUUAUAUUUUUAUCAGUUGCUCAUAUUUCUUCAUUUCUCAUCCUUCUUUCUUAGUCUCUUAGGUUCUUAGCUCCUUAAGUUUUUUCAGUUUCUCUUAUUCCCCAAGUUUCUCAUUCAUUUUUCUGUCUUCUCUAGUUCUCUGUUUCAUCAGUUGCACUUAUUUCUCUUUUUUUCAUCCUUUUAUUCAGUCUCUUAAAUUCUUAAUUCCUUCGGUUUUUCUGUUUCUCUAAUUUCGCAAGUUUCUCAUUCAUUUUUCCGUCUUCUCUGGUUCUCAGUAUCAUCGGUUGCUCUUAUUUCUUCAUUUUUGCAUCUUUUUAUUCGGUCUCACUUUCUUAGUCUCUUAGAUUCUUAAUUUCAAUCUUUCUUCUUUUGUUCAUAUCCAGUCUCUCUUUAGUUUUCUCAGUCUUAUUCAGUCUGUCUUCAACUUCUUUUGCUAGUCUCUUAUUUUGAUCUUCAGUCAGUACCCAAAGGCAUAAAUUAUGUUCACAGCAAGUGACUCUUCAUAUGUCUUAUUUCUAAAAUAUGGCUAGAAAUUUAAUUAAGCUCUAGAUGGGGAACAUGGAGGUAUGAUUUAUCUUCUAGUUGUGUUAUUCAAGUAUAUUUUUUUCGAGCAUGGUGUUAUAUUUUUCUUUUUACGGCGAAGCAACCUGCACACACAAGCAAGAGGAUGAUCAUAAAAAUUCUUCUUCAUCAAGAACCUUGUUAUUAUUGUGAUCCUCGAUAAAACCAAGCAAUACACGGUGAAAAAAAAGAUUUUUCUUCACUAAUAUGCAUGAGUAACGUUGUGUAUCAUUCGCCCCGACGGGUCGCAUUCUUUUCCGCUCUUGGAUUGAAAUUUUCGGUAGUAUAUUAUAACAAAUCCUAAGGAUCGGUACCCUAAGUGUUUCACUUGAGUUCUCUUCAGUUUUUUUUGGUCAGUGUUCGUAUGAGACAUCAACGGAUGGCCGCAUCUACUUCAACCAGGGCUGGAAGGAGUUCCUCAUUGGGACUGGUCUUGGGGUUGGCACAACUGUGCUAAUCACCAUGAAGACCAAUGUGCUCAAUGAACUAAACAUGAUGGUUGCCCUUGACACCAUCUAAGUACCAGUUGAGGUCAAUAAGCGGAGUCAUAGCAGUAAUUGGGGUACUUAGCCUCUAAGUAGGUAUCAACUAUCAACCAUAUGUAAUCGGCCUCGAGUCCUGAACUAGUUUGAACGUGUGUUGUUGAUGUGUCGCAACUUUUAUCAUUCCCGCAAGUGAACCAUACAUAUAUAUGUAUGUGCUUGUGCAUA